GCGGUCUAUUUGGAAGAGUGAGAUUGCCACUGCUUACCUGCGGUCUAUUUGGAAGAGUGAGAUUGCCGCUAUUUACCUGGUGGUCAAUAACUCGUUCGAUAUAAUGCUGAUCAGCAAUGCCAAGAAGCUAUUUAUUCAAACAUUUCUGUCUGUAUCUGAGAAAAAGAAUUCUAUGUGA